CAUUGUUCAGUCAAUCAAAUUGGUUCAAUUUAACAAAAUGAAAUUCUUGUUGUUCGCUGCAUUUGUCGCUGUUGUAUCAGCCCAAUAUGAUGAUGGAAGCUAUCACCCAGAACACCACGGAGGCGAAUAUCGUCAUCAAAACGUUAAUUACCAACCAGGAAAAUAUUAUCAAAAAUAUUAUCACGGUGCUAUUCCAAUCGAAUCUGUUGUUCCAAAAGUGAUUGCUCAACCAUUAUCUCAAUCAUUGGUCCAUCCAGUUUCGGCUCAACAACAAGUGGCUGUCCAAAGAUUUUUAGCUCAACCAUUGGUCCAUCCAGUUUCGGCUCAACAACAAGUGGCUGUUCCAAGAUUUUUAGCUCAACCAUUGGCUCAGCCGGUUUUGGUUCCACAACAAGUGGCUGUCCAAAGAUUUUUAGCUCAACCGUUGGCCCAGCCAGCUUCGGUUCCACAACAAGUGGCCGUUCCAAGAUUCGUUGCUCCAUCAUUUGAUGUUCCACAACAAAUCACUGUUUCCAUUCCAGCUGCUCGCUUCAACAAUGAUGGACAAUCGCAAACUUUACGUGAAUACCGUGAACAAUCAUCAACUGGUGACUAUAAAUACGAAUACGAAACUGAAAAUGGAAUUCAUGUCAAUGAACAAUCACAAGUUUUGCCAUCAAAAUCACAACAAAAGGCUGGAUUCUACGAAUUCACAAGUCCCGAAGGACAACAUUUCCGUGUCGAUUAUGUUGCUGAUGAAAAUGGUUUCCAUGCAAGCGGUGCUCACUUGCCAGUCGCUCCAGAAUCGGCGAACGCUCGGGUUCACAUUCAAUAAACUUGACAACUGCUGCUCUUCUCGCUGAUUCCACAAAAUAAAACCAGCAAUAUCCACAUUUCACAUUAACUUUCAUGUUUUAUAAACGGCUAUGAAGCAAUAAACGUAACUACGGAUUUUUCUUGAUCAUGAUAUAAA